AUGCGCCUCUUAAUUCAAAUUCUCAUAUUGAGUAAUUUGUUGAGAUACCCCAAUAUAGUCGCUGGUGCUGCGCUUGUACCGAGGGCCGGGCAACAACUUGUGCAGGAUAUCGUUCCUCCAUGUUCGUUAUCGUGUUUGAAAGAUUUUAUAUCGCAUAAUUAUCCAACGUCAAUUUGCUCCGACACGAAGAGCCUGGGUUGUUUGUGCACUCAAAAAUCGCGUACAGGCUACGCAUUUGGGGAAGCAGCUUUGCAAUGCGUCCUGGCAUCUUGUCCCUCUCCAAAGGAUAGAGAAUUCGGAGUCUAUAAUGUAUGCCGGGAUGUGUUCGCUGCCGUUCCUAACACCCAUACAGCUAUUAUUGCCACACUUACGCCCAGUCAUACCGUCCCACACUCGUCACAUAUCGGAUCCAUGGAAACAUCGAAAAUAACCAUGUCAAUUAUCUCAUCAACGAAGGAUAUUGCUCAUGAAAAGACCAGGACGAAUAUCACACCUACAGCAUUGGCUACUUCUACCAGAAAAUCGACCUCAACACCGGGCGCGAGUCAUGAAAGUAAAAUAAACGCAGAUGCUUCGAUGUCUUUCACUCUUAGUUCUUCCAUGCCAGCGCAGACGACAGUGGCAAUUCCCUCUGGUUCUCUCCCCCGAAAUCAAAUUAUUGGCAUUUCCGUUGGAGUGGGGGCAGCGUGCUUAUUUGGGAUAGGACUGCUAGCAUUCUUCGUCUUAUGUUGGCGCAGAUGUUUCCAACGUCGGAAAAAUGAGCUGUUCGAAAUUGGUGGAACAAUGGCAGAACCAUCGCCGAGGCUAUUUCGUAAAAGCUUGCCACGAAUUCCCAGUACCCCUGUUGGCGCUUAUAACCGAUCGACCUUUGAGCCACUGACCUCCAUUCCUGGCCUAAGGUUUCAUUCUGGCUACCAAAGCAGUGAUUUUGGUCCGGGUAAAAGGCCUUAUACCCCUUCUGAGCUGGCAGAGACGGAUGACAUAGAGCUCGAAAGCCCUUCCUCGAUGCGAACAGUGUCACGCCUGCUUCCAGAUAAGCCCGAUCUCGAAACAGUUGUUCAUCCGCAUCCUAUAACUGAAAAGUUAGCGUCUGCUCGACCAUCAAGUGCAGUCACUAUAUUCGAGGAAGACGCUGAUUACCGCAGAUCAAAUCCACCUGAAGAGCAUUUGGAUAUGUUUAAAUCAGACUGUGAUUUGCGUACAGAAGGUGGACUAUGGAGCCGAGGUUUUCCGGGGAACAACUCUUUUUUGUCACCGGAAGUCAGAACUCACCCAAAUACGGUCAAAUUUACAAAUCCAUUCGCGGGAGUCUUGCAUACUCCUGUGGACGGGACAGCGUCACCCCAGAUACCCAGAAAAGGCUCAGUUGUAGAGUUAUCAUCUUUACACUCCAGCUCUCACCCACAACUUAGCGGGCAUGUGGACUGCCGGAAAACUGAUUCACACAUAUUUCGCAUGCGUCAUUCGGUCGCGUCAUCGACUACUAGCUUUGAGACGACUGCGUCGGAUGAAGAGGGAGUGAAUACCAGAUCAAGCCGCGCCACGACAAGGCUAAGCCCCGUGGAAGAAUCUGAUUCCAAGUUCUCUCCGUCCAAGUAUUUGCAGGUGCCUCCUGCGGCUCAUUAUUCACACUCCGUCCGUGGAAGAAACCAGUGGAAUCCAAGGCCUUUGAGAAAUGGGGAUAGUCAUAAUAACCCUCGGCGACAGCCUAGCUCUAACGAAGGAAACCACACUCUGGAACCGGGCCCGUGCCGCCCUCGUGCGCAACCCGCAUCUUAUAAAGAUUUUGGCUGUAAAGCAGAGUCUAGCGCAGAGAGCGCAGGAAAUCUUUCGCUGCCAGUUAACGCUCAUAUGUGCGCUAACCUAUAUAUACGACCUUCACGGAGACCUGAACAAGGGCUCGCAGAGUUCAAUAGUGGGUACGGACAUGAGGGUCGAGCGAGCCUCUGGGAGCGAAAACUCGACCCGCCACGAAGGGGACCGAGGCUAGUUUUGAGGACCGAUUGAUGCUUAUUUCCGAUAUUUAAUGAUCGAUUAAUGCCAAGAUGGUUUCUUUCUUCAUGGAGGUAUGUUUUAUUAGCAUAGCGGAGUUGCAUAGAUAUUCCGCUUUGGAAAGCCUUAUGGUAUCCAGAUCUUCUUGUAUAUGAUGUACAAAGUAUGCACAGGACAUAUACUUUUGUUGUUUUGUUUCAAAGCUGGAUGCUAGCCAAAACCCCAGAGGUUCUGAAAGCACAUCUCCAUGCUUUGGUUUCUUCUUUCCUUCGUUCUAGCUUCGUUUUCCAGUUCCUUAUUUUCUCGUCGGCUAUCUGCCUCGCUUCGUUCAUUUGACCUCACUUCAAUAACUGCCCGGGUGGCAGCCCCUUUAGCGUCACGUGCUUUGACAUUUAGCAAAGGGCAACUUUAACAUCGUUCCCUUUCACCUCUCCAUAUACAUUUUGUACCAGCCCACA